AUGGCGGAACAAAACAACACCCUAGGCCUUAUUGCAGCCUUUCUAGCCACUGUGCUUUACGGAUCAUGCUAUGUUCCUGUAAGAUGGUUCGAAGCGGGUGAUGGAUUAUAUUUUCAAUGGAUGAUGUGCGUUGGUCAACUUAUCAGUGGAGUUUUUGUGCUUGCAUUUGUCGAUUGGCCACCAAUCUUCCCUUUGGCGAUGAUCGGAGGAGCUUUUUUCGCCAUAGGAAAUGCGUUAACAAUAACCAUAAUGGAUGGAAUUGGUAUGGCCGUGGGAUCGUUACUGUGGAAUACAGUAACAUGUAUAGUUGGUUGGGCAGUAUCCCGAUUCGGAUUAUUCGGGAGCCUUAAAAAAGUCCCCUAUGAUAACGUGAUGAAUAUAAUUGGAGUGGUAGUGGUUUGUGUUGGAGGAUGUUUUUUCGCUACAUUAAAACACCAUCCAAUGAAGGUUCGACCAGCUCCAUGGCAGAUAAAGCCAGCGCUCCCGAGGAGUCACUCAGAAAGAGUCAAGAAAGUAGAGGAAUUAAAGGUUUCGAACACAACUCGACUUAUUGCCAUAUUAUGUACCGUAUUCGUUGGAUUCCUAUACGGAAAUAUGCUAACUCCUGUUAGUUAUUUGAUUACGAAAAAUGGAAGCGAAGGGAAUCAGAUGCACUAUACUACGUAUUUCUUUUCGUUUUGUAUUGGAGCAAUACUUACAUCUACGAUUAUUUUUAUGAUCUACUCAGCUUACAGGCGAAAUCGUCCAUUCAUAAAUCCAGAGUUAACCCUCCCGUCGUUGAUCUCUGGUCUAAUGUAUGGAGCCGCAACGUGCUGUUUCUUUAUGGCCAGUGAGCAUCUGGACCCAAUAGUCGCUUAUCCAAUCCUAGCCAAAGCACCCGGUAUUGUCUGCGCUAUUUGGGCUAUCCUACUUUUUAAGGAAAUCAAAUGUUAUUCAAGUGUUACGUUAAAAGAGUCAUUAAUUGCCAUGGAAGAUUCCGGAAUGGAAAAAUCCGGACCAGCUCAGGCGGUAUCGAACGACUGUAGCUUGGCAGCUGUGUUCAAGUGA